CUGGGGAAAUGGCGCUUCACAUCCGCAAUACCCCGGCUUGCACAAGGAUGUUACUAUCGGCGUUUGGAUUUGGAUGAUACCCUAAGAACUGCAUUACAUACUUUAGCCUUUGAGCUAAGGGAACAUUCACCGCAUUCCGUAUCCGACUUGCUGCCUUGCGGUUGACGAGGUAGUGUGCAUGGACCACGUCCCUUAUCGAUCAUGCACCUUACUAGAGCUCCCGAACUCCGUUAACUCCAGUCUUCCAUCAACUCCCACAACAUGUCUAGCAACCCUAACACCACAGAGUACCGUUCAGACCGUCGCGCAUCGAUUUCCCCACGAUCAACGUCAAUAGAACGCGCCUCGGACCCUCCCGACGACGAGCUUCACGAGCAACAGCAGCCUGGCGAUGCGCCAUGCGACGAGGAUGAGGACGACAUACCGUAUCCCGAGCCUAAUGACGAGCAACCGCUGCUACCGCCGCCGAACUUCCGACCUUUCUUCACCCUGAUCGAAGACACGACGUCGGGCGAGCACUACCACCCGUAUACACACUAUGUCUUUGCCGACGACGACCCGACCAUCAUAACCGCUGCGUCGAUGCGAGGCCUAGGGCUGGAUGAUACAAAGUACCUUCCACAUGACGCGCCUGGUGGCGGGGAAAGACGGCGCAACCAGGGAAGCGAAGAAGGAGACGAGCAAGACUCACCAGUCGAGUCACCACUACCCCCGCCUAUCCCCGGUGUCAAGGAGCACUACCUCAUAAUCGAUGUCGGCGCAGAUGGGCGCACAGUCGUAGAUGCGCAGUCGCUUUCGUCGGAGUGGCAAAUCACCGAUACGGACGUACGGAUAGCUCCCUCGUUUGAUGAGGACUCGCCGGAUCAAGGGUACAUGCUGCGCAUACAAGGCAUCGACAUACCGAGGAAGAGCAAGGGCAAAGGCAAGGGCGAAGUUGGGCAGGACAGGCUGACGGAGGCAAGGGAACAGCAAGGUGACAUCUUCGACGCGUUGGACGGGUUAGUGCAGGAUGUUGAAAGAGGACUAGAGACUGCUAGCAAGAUAUCAGGCGCGAGGUCAAGAGAGGAAGACCAGGGCACCUUGACUGAUGUUCGUGAGGGCGACGUAGAGAAGACGGUGGGUUACGAAGCAUGAUGCUGGUAUGCUCUGCCGUUUCGCCAGUAGCUGCAGGUCACACUCCCCGUUCAGUGCGCAUCUGUAUCGUGCGCUUGCUUCUUUGCUAUUCGCACCGCGUUGACUCAGAGACAGCCUAUAGUUGGUGGCGUUCUUGGCUGCUCAGCUCGAGCAUUCAUGCAGUGACAU